CAGCGCAGCAUUUUUCAAAGAGAAGACUGAAGGCGCUAGUCUGGAGAAAACGCACAUCAGCCUGGCUGUUUUACACGCGGGAGGUCUAAAUACGAAACCGGUUACGUCUCUCCAACAAAGCAAGGCACGCACAUCGACAACAGGACCUUUUCUAUUUUUUAUUAUUGUACUGCGCCCUGCUCCACCGUUCUCUUAUUGCAAUUGACAGCGUCUGCAGCCCUUUUCAAGAUGGCCGCUUGGCUCGUAUUCAUUUUCUGCUGAUCGACUUAUAACUUUCAUUGUCUAACCAGCACCAGGCUCGACUAUUCACUCCAGUCCAGAAAGGUUCUUUUCUAUCCCAUGACGAUGCAUCGCACAACAAGGAUCAAGAUUACAGAGCUCAAUCCUCAUCUGAUGUGUGUAUUAUGUGGUGGAUAUUUCAUAGAUGCAACAACAAUCAUAGAAUGCUUGCACUCAUUUUGUAAAAUGUGCAUUGUCCGGUACCUGGAGACCAGUAAAUACUGCCCCAUAUGUGAUGUGCAGGUUCACAAAACAAAGCCACUUCUCAAUAUACGGUCUGACAAAACUCUACAAGACAUUGUAUACAAGUUGGUUCCUGGUCUUUUCAAAAAUGAAAUGAAGCGUAGGAGAGACUUUUAUGCUGAACACCCAUCUGUUGAUGCUGCAAAUGGGUCAAAUGAGGAUCGAGGGGAAGUUGCUGACGAGGACAAGCGAAUCAUUACAGAUGAUGAGAUUAUCAGUCUGUCAAUUGAGUUUUUCGAUCAUAGGGCGCAACAGCAAGGCUGCACAGAGGAGAGACAAAAAGAGGAGGUCAAUAACAAAAGAUAUCUACAAUGCCCUGCUGCCAUGACUGUGAUGCAUUUGAGGAAAUUUCUGAGAAGCAAAAUGGAUAUACCUCCUACUUACCAGAUCGAAGUUAUGUAUGAGGAUGAGCCUUUGAAGGAUUAUUACACAUUAAUGGACAUUGCCUACAUCUACACGUGGAGAAGAAAUGGACCACUGCCGCUAAAAUACCGUGUGCGACCCAGCUGUAAAAAAAUGAAGAUUACCCACCCACAAGAGGGUUUGAACAAUGCAAACCGAUCUGAAAGCGACUCAGCCAGUGAUAAGGCCUGCAGUCCUGCUGGAGUUCCAUCCACCUCCUCACCACUACCGAGUCCGAGCACUCUGGUGCAGCCGUCACAACCUCAUUUCACUCAUAUUUCCAGUCCUAUUAACGGCACGACAAUGACAAGCCCAAAUCGACAGUUCAACUUCAGCAAAGUGCGAAAGUCAGCACUGAACGGAUCUUCAACAUCAUCUGGAUGAUAAGGAACUAUAAGAUAAAGCCAACGCCAGAUGUAAUCCAGCUAUUUCCAUGCCAACAUAGUGUCAUGUAGAUCUUUUUCUUUAUGUCAUUAUUAUCAAUAUGUUAUACAUGUAACUUUAACGUAGUGGAAAUGACGCACUUCAUUUGACACAUUGCUGGAAUUUCAGAGUUUGCGUGAGAACGUUGGAGGCCCAUUUGAUGGCAAAGUGGAGCGCAGUUUGAUGGUUGUGGCAAUUUCAGAAUGCAGAAAUUAAUUAUACCUUUUUAUAUAUUUUUACUUUUGGUCUACAUUUUCUAUACACGACUGCAUUAUCUGUUGCUUGUAUUUUACAUGUGUACUAUAAUGUUCUUUAAAAGCAUGAUUUAAAAAAGCAUAUACUUUUUAAUUUUAGUUCACCUUUUCUGGGGUAGUUACUAAACAUUCCUGGUAUAUUCUGGCCUGUGUCAAAGAAAAGCAUAUCUAUAGCUCAAAUUUAAAGAACAAGACUAUAUUAGGAUUGCGUGUUCAAAGGGAAAAGUUCUUGGCGACCUAAUAAGCUCUUAUUUAAAGUUAUGGGAAAUUCAAGUUUAGUUUUUGCAGUUAUUGUACAGUUGGCUCCACUGUGCUGGUUCGGGUUGGUCUGAUUGGUCUCGAAGUCAUGCUUCAGUUUUGUAUAGCAUGCACAUGGGUAUUUCAGAAUGCUUUCAAGCUAUUACAUAAACAAUUUUAUCAAAAGAUAAACAGCCCCUGUUAAUCCCCAACUUCUCAUUCUGGACAACGUUUUGAUGUCUUCAGUGUUCAUUGUCUUAUUGGUCGAUUGUAGACUAUUGACAGCUGUUGUAUUGUGACUGUUGCACAGUAUAAAACAUCUAAAUAAAACAUUUUACACUUU